UCAAGAGGCUCUUGAAACGACGCUCUCUCGCAACCAUGAACUAUGGCAUACGGACCCGAGGCCCGCCUCCAUACAGUAAGCCUAUCGAGGCCAUCCGCCAGGAUGAGUACCCCCACAUGAACAGUGGAACCUACCUUGAUCACAGCGGCACCACGAUAUAUGCCCGGUCGACCGUGGAGCGGUUUUCCAACAAGAUGCUCUCGAAUCUCUAUGGCAACCCCCACUCGGCCAAUGAGCCGGCCAAGAUCUCGGGGAACAUGGUUGACGAGGUACGGAAGAAGGCCCUUAGAUUCCUCGGCGCUGACCCACGCCACUUCGAUCUCAUCUUCGUGGCCAACGCAACCGCCGCCAUCAAGCUGGUUGCCGACUCCUUCCAAGACUUGGCCGAGCAGACGCGGUCGGGCUCGUUCUGGUACGGCUACCACCGAGACGCCCACACCAGCCUCGUCGGCGUGCGCGAGCUUACUAACGGCCACCAUCGAUGCUUCACGAGCGAUGGCGAGGUCGAGGCCUGGCUGGACCAGAACAGCAGCACGGCCGGCGGCUCAGAUCUCGGCGGUGGAGCGGCCGGCAGGCGAGGUGGCCGGCACCCCGGUGCGAGCACCGGCCUCGGCCUAUUUGCGUAUCCGGGUCAGUCCAACCUCACGGGCCGCCGGCUGCCGCUCGCGUGGGUGCGCAAGCUGUGUGAGGCGCGGAGCCUGCAGAACACAUACAGCCUACUCGACGCCGCGGCCCUGGCCAUGACCAGCUCCGUGGCGCACGUCUUUGCUGACCCGGGCGCGGCGCCCGACUUUACAUGCGUCUCCUUCUACAAGAUCUUCGGUUUCCCGGACCUUGGCGGGCUCGUCGUCCGCAAAGACUCGGGCCACAUCCUCGCGCUGCGCAAAUAUUUUGGUGGCGGCACCGUAUCCCUGGUCAGCACAAUAGACAGCGCGUGGCACAUGUCCAAGGCCAGCAGCAGCCAUGCACUGCACAACGGGCUCGAAGACGGCACGCUGCCGUUCCACAGUAUCCUCGCCCUCGGCGAGGCCAUCGACGUCCACUGUGAGCUGUACGGCUCCAUGGAAAACAUCUCGCGCCACACAUCGCUCCUCGCCCAGCGCCUGUACCGCGGCAUCCAGGGCCUGCGCUACGCUGCCACUGGCCAGCCGCUGUGCAAGGUUUACAGCGGCGGCGACACAGAGGGAGAGGAAGACGAGGAGGGAGGCGAGAUGCGCUACGACGACACCACGAGGCAGGGCGCCACCGUGGCGUUCAACCUGUUCCGCGAAGAUGGGACGUACGAGUCGUACGCCGAGGUAGAGAGGCUCGCCAACGAGCGCGGCAUCUAUGUCCGCUCGGGAGGAGUCUGCAACCCCGGAGGCGUCUACAGUGCUCUGCAGUACGAGCCGUGGCAGCUGAAUCGGGCGAGAUCUGCGGGCCAUCAUUGCGGAACCAACGGCCUGAGCGUCAUCAACGAGCUGCCUACGGGCGUCGUCCGCGCAAGCCUCGGCGCCAUGAGCACGACCCAAGAUGUUGACGCCUUCCUGGCCUUUCUACGCGAGACGUUUCUCGACAAGUCAGGCCACCGCCGCCAGAAUAGCCGUCACCACCACUCCCAGAAGCGCGACGACAGCUUCCUAGAGGUGGACUCGCUCGCUGAGUCGAAUCGCAUGCUGGCUGCCCAGAACCAGAACCAGCAGCAGCAGCAGCAGCAUCAGCAUCAGCAGCAGCAUCAGCAGCAGCAGCAGCAGCAGCAUCAGCAUCAGCAGCAGCAUCAGCAGCAGCAGCAGCAGCAGCAUCCCACCGCCCGACAGGCUGUGGCGGCUUCGGCGGCUUGAAGGGACGCUGUUGUUUGUUAUGAGUUGAGUGGAUGGACAGGAGGCUGGUGAAUACAUAAUAAGGUGAUAUAUACGAAUGCCCAUGGAAGGCUUGUUUUGUGCGUUUAGGAGGCUGCGUUGGAUGUAAUAGGCUGCUCCCAACGCCACAUGACUGCUGUUUAGUAUUGUGC